AUCUGCAUUCUAUUCUGCAGUGAUCUGUGAUGUGAAUUUGUGAAUCACGUAAAAUUGUGAAAUGUGAAUUGUUAUUGAUGCUUUGCAUUGAUUUGAAAAGUUCGUGGUUUUAUUUACUUAAUUUGUUUAAUUGUUAAGUAGAAUAAAGAUUACUUAACAGUUAAAAAGUUCGUAACUUUUCAACUAAGUUUGCUUUGUUUGGUUUCGUGGUAAUGAUGAACCUUUUUGUCUAAGUGCUGAAGCCCGAAAAUAUUAAAAUAAUGGUCUACGUAUAAUCAAAACAGGAGACAAUGGCAUGUACUGAUGAAGAUGAAGUUAUCAGGGAGGCGUUUAUGAUAAAGAGAUCACAAAACAAGAAGAUAUUCACUCCAGUCAACUACAAGGGUAGAUGGUUUGUCCUCACCAGGAAAGCUCUCAUAUACUAUGACACAGACGGACAAAAGCGUAAAGAGCGCGGACGAAUACCUACGGACGCCAUUCAUACGGUGGAGCAGGCGCAACUGGGAGAGCUGAGCAAGCAAAUACCGGACGGAGACAACGAGAAGAGGUAUCCCUUCCAGGUGGGGUACACUGAGCAGGGCACCGACUACACUUUGUAUUUGGCCGCGCGCGAACACAGCGAGAGAUUGAACUGGAUACACGAUAUACGUAAACUGUGCAUCUCGAAUACCCGGCGCGUGCAGUACCACCCGGCGGUGUGGGCGCGCAAGUGGACGUGCUGCGACGCAGAGCGCCGCUCGGCCUCGGGCUGCGCGCUCGCCGCCGGCUGGCCGCUGCCCGAGCCCGACUUUGAGCUCAUCCUGCACGACCACAAGCCUGUCCACGAGAACGGCCUAUCGGUCACAGCGGUUGUCACCAUGCCGGGGGGAGGAGCGCCUCCCGGGACGCCGUCAGCAAAACUCAAGGAUAAACAGAGGACUAAAGUAGUGGUGGCAUUAUAUCCGUUCAAGGCAAUUGAAAGUGGCGAUCUUUCACUAGAAAAGGGUGUGGAGUACGAGGUUAUUGAUGAUUCACAAGAACACUGGUGGAAAGUCAAAGAUGAAAAUGGGUCUGUUGGAUACAUUCCGAGUAAUUAUGUCAAGGAGAAGGAAACUAUAGGAUUACAAAAAUAUGAAUGGUACGUGGGUGAGAUGUCUCGGCAGCGCGCCGAGUCACUACUCAAGCAAGAAGACAAGGAGGGAUGCUUCGUCGUACGGAACUCCUCCACGAAAGGAAUGUACACACUGUCAUUAUAUACCAAAGUCAAUCACCCCCAAACCAAGCACUACCACAUAAAGCAAAACGCCCGCGGCGAGUUCUACCUGUCGGACAAGCACUGCUGCUCGAGUAUUCCUGAACUGAUCAACUACCACAAGCACAACAGCGGCGGACUCUGCUCGAGGCUGAAGACCACACCGUGCGACCGACCCGUGCCGCCCACCGCUGGACUUUCUCACGACAAAUGGGAAAUCGACCCAUCGGAGCUGGUGUUACUGGAAGAGCUGGGAGCGGGCCAGUUCGGAGUGGUGCGCCACGGGCGCUGGCACGGCAGUAUCGACACCGCGGUGAAGAUGAUGAAGGAGGGCACCAUGUCAGAAGACGACUUCAUUGACGAGGCUAAAGUCAUGACGAAACUCCAACAUCCAAAUCUAGUGCAACUUUACGGCGUUUGCUCGAAACACCGGCCGAUAUACAUAGUGACGGAGUACAUGCGGCACGGCUCGCUGCUGACGUACGUGCGGCCGCGGCAGAGUCGGCCGGCCGACGUGCGCGGCGGCUCCUCCGCCGACCAACUCGGGCCCGGCGUCUUACUCGACAUGUGCAUACAGGUUUGCAAAGGGAUGACAUAUUUAGAAAAACAUAAUUACAUUCAUCGAGAUUUAGCAGCAAGAAACUGUUUAGUAGCAGAGGAAAAUGUUGUCAAGGUUGCCGAUUUUGGACUUGCUAGAUACGUUUUGGAUGAUCAAUACACUAGUUCGGGCGGUACAAAGUUUCCUAUUAAGUGGGCCCCACCAGAGGUUCUCAACUAUACAAGAUUUUCAUCUAAGUCAGAUGUCUGGGCGUUCGGAGUAUUAAUGUGGGAGGUAUUUACACGUGGCAAAGUACCUUACGGCAAGAUGAAGAAUUCCGAAGUGGUGGACAUGGUACAGAAAGGACAUGUGCUUGAAAAACCCAAGGAAUGUUUAAAUGAAAUUUAUAAUGUAAUGAAAGCGUGCUGGCGGCACGCGCCUGAAGACCGGCCUUCGUUCCGUUUGCUCAAGGAGGAGCUGUCGGGGGUCGCGCACAGCGUGCUGGCCGACUGACUGCGUCUGCUGCUGCUGUUGCUGCGGACCCCCGCGCCCGCGCCCUCUCCCGCUACCGCGCCCGCGCCCGCCUCCACGCUUCCGCGACACAGACGCUUGCGAACCGCCCCGCCUGUUUAGUUGCCGUAUACUAUGACCUUUUAGUACACUAUAAUAUCAACUACAUAAUAUCUCGUAAACAGAAAAAGAAGACCCCUCUGAUAGUGAUUUAGAUCUCAACAGAGGUCCUGGGUUCGGGACUUACGUCUUGGCUGGUGGGAGGCUUCGGCUGUGGCUAGUUACCACCCUACCGACAAAGACGUAGCGUUUUAGCGUUCCGGUACAAUGCCAUGUAGAAACCGAAAGGGGUGUGGAUUUUCAUUUUUCUCCUAACAAGUUAGUCCGCUUUCAUCUUAGAUUGCAUCCUCACUUACCAUCAGGUGAGAUUGUAGUCAAGGGUUUAAAGAAUAUAAGUGGAUAGUUUAACAUGAGUUUUCAACAUUUAUAAUGCCAAAACAAAGGCUUAGAAUAAAGCUUCUGCCUUUUUUGUUUCAUUCUAAAAAGUCUAUUAAUUUAAGCUAAAUAAAAUACCUCUUUAUUUGACUUAAAUUAAUACACUAGCCAUAUUAUUAUUUUACCAUACAAAUUAUUGAUUAUCUACUCGUAGCAACAUAAUUAUUUCAUAUUGUGUUUGUGUUAUACUAACAACAUCGUACAGUCGGGGUCUAAAUUUGAAAAAAAUCUACCUUCUUUUUUACACUUUUACAUAAGUCUAUCUCAAAAGCUAAAUGACACUGAACUUUGUAAGCUCGAUAAAUAUUUAAAAAAAAAAUACAAAAUAAAAAUGCUAUUGAGUGUACUACCGUCAAUUUUUUGUAGUUAUGCACCAUGAGUUUUAAUAAACACGAAGUUUUUCUGUUUUUACACAUACAUUUUGUAUUGUAUUUAUUAACGUUACUAUGUAUGUUUAUAAUUAUUUUAAAACGACAUGUCUUUUAGGGCGUUUGCUAACAAUUAUUAUGCGAUUAUACUAAUAUUAUAAGUAUGAAAAAUUUAUAUUUGAACAUUCUUAUCCGUGGGAGUAGAAAUGAGAUUAAAAAGUUGCAUUUACGUUAAAAUAGCCUAUUUAGUUAAUAGGUUGUAAUUUGUAAGGGCCCGCGGUAACAAUCUGAAUUUAAAGCGGGAAAUAGGUAGUGUCAAAAUUAAUAACAUAAAAUUGGUAUUUAAUUGAUAAGUAAAUAAUAAUUUACAAAUGAAAUUGCUUAAGCUAAUAUUUAAAUGUGUUAAACAAAGUAUUUCAUUUUGCAAUUAUUUAAUUCAAUUAUUGUAAAACUGACUUUUAAUAAUAUUUUAAUAUUUAAAACAUUUAGAUAUGGAUAGUGUAUGUGAAUUUUCUAGUAUUAGAUAAAAGUACUGAAAGUUAGUUGUUCAUCAAAAUUAUUUGAAUUUUUAAAGCAUUGCCCCAAACUUCGAUUUAUUAAGUAUGUUAUCAAGAAUAUUCUUCGUUAUAUAUAAUUUUAAACUAUGACGUAUGUAAAUACGUUUUUUAAAGUUUCAUAAUUGUAUUAAGACUUGUUUUUAAUUGACCAUUAUUUUGAACAUUCCUACAUAUAUAGUACAUUCUUUUAUCCCUAGUCUUGUAGUAUUUUGGAGAUGUUUUGAAAUACCUUAGAAUUAAUGUAGAUUUAGUAACUUCAAUGUAAAACUGAUUAUAAUUGCUGAAUCAUAUAUUUUGCAUAUAUGCCAUUCCAUUUACUGCCCUAGAAUUAACUAUUUUAUAUAGACAACAGUAGUAAAAUUGAAGUGUAUUAGAGAUGUAAUAUUAUAUUACCCAAAGUUCUUUUAUACCGUAGAUAUCGCUGUAACAAAACUAGUUAAAACCAUACAUAUUUAUUGGUUAAUCAACUUUCCUAUUUAAUUUUCAUGAAAAUUAAAUGCUAGGACACACUAAAACAGAAAAAUAAAAUAUUUUAACAAAAAAUUUAACCGACUUCAAAAUCACAAAAAAAAAUAUAAAGCGAAAAAUUUAAUUAAUACAUCACUGACUUGGCCCCGCCUUUAAAGUGAUCAAAAGGUAGCUCAUACGAUGUUAUUUUUCGCUUUUUAGUGUACUUUAGUGGUUGGUUCAAUCUUUGUGUUAAAAUAUUUUAUAAUUUCUUUAGUAUGGCUAAAGAGAAAAUAACUGGCAUAAAAACUGCAAAUAACUUAACUUACUAGAAUGAUGAUUCCUGAUUUUGAAUUUAUGUAAUUAGGAAAAUUAAUUAAUUAAAUGGUUAAAUCUUGAAUUAGUACCUUUACUUAGAUUUAACGGAUUUUGUUACAUACUGUCCAUAAUUCAACUUCACUGAAUUAUUUUUUUAACCUGGACUGAUAAAUUGAAAAACUCGAUAAGAGAAAAUGUGUAUCUCUGAAAAUCAUUUGUAAAUUAUGUCGAAUGAUUUGUUUAUCACUUACUGUGGCCAUGAUUUAGUAAAGUACAUUUUUCUGUUGUAAGAAAAAAAUAUUAAUUUUUAAUACAUUCCUAAUUCUUAUUGGUAAAAGUAAAAGUAAUACUCGAAUUUAUUAAUUUUAACAGAUAUUGGUAUACUCAUUUUGUCAACAACAAAAAACGCCAAUUAAUCAUGUUUACGAUUUCUCACUAUAACUACUGUCUUAGUAAAAUUACUACAUAGCAGUGGCGAAGGAAUGGAAUUUUGAUGAAGGUAAGCCGUCCCAAAGAAAAGGAAACUCAUACCGCUUAAAUAUUCAUUGUUGUAUAUAUUCAUUACAAUAAUGAAUAUUUAUGUAUGAUGGUAUUAUUUUAAAAAGUAACCCGGCGGUAAUCGGCCUGUAUGUACUCUUCGCCGCUGUUACUUGGUAGUAUGGUAAUUAUAGCGAUAUUUAUCAUGUUACUUUAUAUUUAAUUUAUUUUACUUUUUAAUUUAUACUGCGAUUUGAUGAUGAUGAAAUCGCAGUAUAAAAAAAGAGUCCAAUAAAUAAAAUAGAUAAAUAAUGUUAUUAAAUAAAAGACAAGGAAGAAAAACUUAAACAUGAUUAUUUAUUUUGAUUUAUCGUUUUACUGAACAAGCUUUUACAUUACAUGUAAUAGAUAAUAAUAGUAGAAGAUCCGAAUUAGAAACGACCUUCACCCAUCUGUUUAAUAGAUGAUGAAAAGUGUUUUGUAACAAAUUUAGUUGGUUAAAAAAUACAUUGCGAGUAGUGCCUAAAAAUCUCCUGGCUAAAUUAUUAUUAACCAUCGUUAAUGAUAGUUUAACCAGGAGGUUUUAAGGCAACCUACUCGCAACAUAUUUUUUGAAGUAUAUUUGUUCUUACUAAAUUUCAUCCAUUAAACAGAUGGGUGAAGGUCGUUUCUAAUACGGAACUUAGACUAUAAGUAGUACAGUGUGUUAGCUUUGAAUGAUCUAAAAUAAAGUGAGGAAGUUUAUAGUAUACUCGUACUAAAAAAAAAACAAAACAAAUACUGUACUUGAUUAGCAAUAUUAUAUUUGUUUGUACUAA